CUUCGUUGCAGUUCCAUAACAAAAUGUACCUCGUCGCCUGUGUAUUUCUUCUACAUUGUACGUCUAUUCUGGGUAGCAAUAUAUUAGGAGUGUUCAUAUUUCCCUCGAUAAGCCAUCAAAGUGUUUUCCAAUCAAUAUGGAGAGAACUUUCCUUGAGAGGUCACAACGUCACUGUGGUAACACCUAAUCCUUUAAACGAUCCUUCUUUAAUUAAUCUAACAGAAAUCAGUAUUCGUUUCACCUAUGACUUCUUAAAGCCCGCCGCAUUACAAGAACUCUUAUCAAAAGAUUCCAACGUUUUUCAAAGGUUUGCUGCUACGGGUCGUUUUUCAGAUAGUCUUGUAGAAGCCCAAAUGAACAGUACUGAAUUCAAAGAACUAAUGACUAACAGACAUAAUCAUUUCGAUUUGGUAUUAGUGGAAAAUGUUUAUCCCAUUAUGUACGCCUUAGCAGACAGAUUCAACGCAUCCAUCAUUGGAGUUUCGGCUCUAGGACUCGUUGAGGUUAGCGGUACCAUUCUUGGUAAUCCGGCACACCCAGUGCUAUACCCAGACGUACUAUGGGGCUUCUACAACAUCGAGUUAUCGAUGUGGAAAAAAAUUAAAAGUGUUUUAUGGAGUUUAUGGUCAAGGUACCACUACCAUGAUGUUGUGAUACCAAGAGUGCAUAACAUCGCAAAAAAGUACAUUGGACAGGAUUUACGGUACCUAGGAGAUCUCGAAGCGGGCCAAAACAUGCUUUUUCUCAAUGUAAAUCCUGUGUUGUACCCGCUAAGGCCCACUGUACCCGCUAUGGUUGAAAUGGGACAAAUGCACAUUAAACCAAUGAAACCGCUCCCUCAGGAUUUGCAACAAAUACUAGACGGUGCUACCGAAGGUGUGAUCUACUUUAGUUUAGGGUCGAACGUUAAAAGCAUAAAUUUAGAGAAAAAGUUAAGGAACACGAUAAGACAAGCUUUAUCUGAGUUGCCUUACAAAGUUCUGUGGAAAUGGGAGUCCGACUAUUUGCCUGGAAAACCAAAGAACGUGGUCACAAGAAGGUGGUUUCCUCAACAAGAUCUCCUUGCACAUCGAAAUAUUCGUGCUUUCGUUACACAAGGUGGUCUUCAAUCCAUUGAAGAAGCUAUUAUUAGAGGAGUACCAUUAAUUGGGAUGCCUUUCAUGGGUGACCAACCAUCAAAUGUGCAAAAAAUCGUAGACACAGGGAUCGGACUAGGUGUUGACCCAGCUGCUGUGACCAAACAGGAACUAAAAAAGUGUAUAGUUAAGGUUGCCGAAAACAACAAAUAUAGUAAACGGAUCGUGGAAAUUCGUGACCUCUUGUACGACAAGCCAAUGACUGGCUUAGAAAAGGUUGCUUGGUGGUCUGAGUACAUUCUCAGGCAUCAGGGGGCAAAACAUCUCAGGAGUCCAGCAGCUGAUUUGUCUUGGUUUGACUAUUUUCUAGUGGAAGUUUUCUUAAUAGUAGUUGUGAUAAUUAGCAGCAUUAUUUAUCUCUUGUACAAAAUAUUCCAGUUGUUAAGGGUUCAUUUAAGGUUAAAAUGGGAUUCCCCCUUAAACUAAUUUUACUCUUGUUAG